AUGAGCAUGGACGCUGGCGGUCUUGCUCAAAUGACCUACAACAACAACUUCGCCUCCAAUGGAGGCUUUGGUGGUCCGACCUCCUCCUUCGCUUCGCGCGGCAAGGGUAACCACCUGAAGCGUCUCAGCGCUGCCGCACCCCCGAAGAUCGGUUCCAUUAGCGAGCAUCCCGUCAACGAUCAGCCAACCCCCAGGACUAGCCGCUCGCACCUGCUCGCUGGUCUGCGCACUGCGCCCAAGACUCCUGGUGGAGUUCCCCAGUCUGCCCCGUACAAUCAAAACCAGUUUGGCGGCAUGGGUAACCCCAAGCAAGCCGGUUUCAAUGCCGGUCAAAACUACGGUGCUCCCCAGACCGCCAUUGGCUCUGGGUUCCCCAUGGGUCAUCAGAACCAGUAUGGUCUGAACGCUGGUCGCCAGAUCUACUCCCUUCCCGAGCAGGUGCUUGCUCCCCCGACUGUCCAAUAUGACCACGAUGACUCCACCGACAUGGACCCCAACUUGGCUGCUCAGCUCAUGGCUACUGAGAUGUACCUUCAGCAGCGCCAACAGCAGCUUCAGCAGCAACUUCUCAGCCUUACCGCUCAGCAGUUCGCUGGCUUGAACCUCAACGGCGGCAACAUGCGCCCUCAGUACCCCAUGACUCCCAUGACACCUCAGUCUGGUUACUACGGCCAACAGUUCCAGCAGCAGCAGCAGCAGCAGCAGCAGCAGCAGCAGCAGGAUGUUCAUGCUGGCGUUCAAGUUAUCUACAACCCGAUCACUGGCCAGUACCAAUACGUCACGGACCAGAACACGCAGCCGCCGCAACUCUCAGACUCGCCGCCGCCGCCUACCCCGAGCUUCACCAACUCGCCGCCCAAGUCUGGAACGCCUGUUUCCCGCCAGUCUCCUCCGAACGAGAGGCAGAACCCAUUCGAGCGUUACUCGCGCAACUCCAGGAGCUCUUCGCCCCCUAAGAAGUCGCAGACGCCUCCGAUUGACGUUACGCCUCUCCCGCCGCCUUCUGCCAAUGCCUUCCGCCGUGGCCACAAGAAGAACGUCGCUUCUCUGACGCUGAACAACCUUGAGUCGGCUGCCGACGGUCCCAAGUCUGCCUUUGUCCGCUCCGUCGGUUUUCCCCAAACGCCGAUGACUGGCACCUUCGGUCCUGGUCAGGCUCGUGCUGGCGAGCAUCCUGCCCGCCAGCCGCGUGGCCCCCCGCCGCUGGAGGAGCUCCAAGCCGCUCCUACGGCCAAGCACGAGGGCAGCAAGAACUUUGCGUCCCGUCAGCGCCGUUCAGCCGUGCGCAACCUUGUGCGCGCUGGUAUCGAGCGUCGUGGCGUGCGCAGCGGCAGUGGUGGCUGUGGUACGCCCGUCAGCGAGGCCGACCUCAGCUUCCCUGUUUCCUCUGACAAUGACUCGGACAGCGUCCGCAGUGGCAGCCUUUCUGGCAAGCCUAGCAUCGGUAGCCUCCGCGCCGCAGCUAGUGGAGCCAUUGGCUCCGAGAGGAAGGCCUCCAAAGAGCGUCUGCGGGAGAGGACUGGAAGCGAUGGCUGGACUGCCAACACCAUGAGCAGCGACGAAGAACUUGUCGAGGUCGUCGUUGAGGAGUCCAAGGGCAGGAAGAAGACGCCGAUGUUGGUGCUCACCAGCGCUGAAAAGCGCAAGAGCUCCAUGUUCUAA